GCUUGUCUCGCGCGCUGCGAGCAUGGUGCUUCAAUCACGUGUUUAUCAUUGCACUUGGUCAAGUGUUAAAUAUGUAGGAUGAUGAGGUCUGACUACCCCAAACAGUAUUUUUGGUUUGAUUGUGAUGACACAGCUAACAGCCACCAUAGCUGGGAGACAAGUCGGGGGACUCUAGCCUCUCUAUCGUUAGUCACGUGAUGCACUGGUCUGCACGCGCUUCUUGGUGUAGUGUGGUGAUGGGCAGACAAACCAGAUCCUCUGGAGGAAUUCGUUGUUAAAGGUCUAGUAGCCAACACUUUUUCCACAGCCAAUGAUACCGUGCCCAGAGCAUUGGGUGAAUAUUUGCCUUCUACAAUUUCUUCUGACUGGACAUUGAAAGGAUGAAUGACAAAAAUAGAUACGAAUGAAAGAACAAUUAAAAGCACAAUGUGAGGACUUUGAAAAAUAAAAUGGAUAAUUUUGGAAGAAUCAGCUUCAGAACGGAUAUAUUACAGAAUUAUGAGGACAUGAACGAACUCCUAAGAAAAAAAGAAAUUCACACCCAGACUGAAAAAGAACUCGACACCUCAGAUUUGUCUAGAAAGAUAAUUCUGAAGUUUAUAAUGGCAACGAGUGUAAGAGGAUUACAGUGAGUGUGCGCGAGAGAUUGCGAGAAUUGUGAUCGAUCGUUUCAACAAGAGAUUGGACAAGGAAUGGAACAAAGCAGCAAACACAGUCUUAGUCCACGGAAGGAAUGAUUCCUAAUUGUACACUUCUGUGGCUGAGGAGGCAAGAUGGUGGUGAUACACAACACUGAACGGAUUUUUUUAAGCAUCGAGGGUUAAUGUAGCGGAGAGCAAACAGUUGAGAUCAGGACUACAGCCAGUGAAGAAGGGAGGAAAGUUCGGUAGCUGCAAGAAUGAUGGACUUUAUGGUGAAGAGAGGACAACACCAACUCAGGACCCCAGGAGCUCACCAGCCAGAGGACCCAACGACAACACCAGACAAGGAGAUGCUGUCCAAAGGCACGUGACGAUUGCCCCUCGUGUGUUCACAUCGGAUGGUCACGGAUCGCCGCUCGGUCUGGCCGCAGCAGGUGUGCAAAGGUCAGCUACAGUCAGCAGCUAAGGUGUGGUGACCCCUGGUUGUAAGUAUUCCAGAGUUCAACAGGAGCGACCUCUGACGGCGAAUGUUCGACAUUGCCCUCAACACCAGCUGGAGUGGAUAUGAGGAGACGACGAGAGCAAGGACUGGCCUGAGGUUUGAGCCUGGUCAGCAAUGAACUACAGCAGCGACAGCGCCGACCCAGACUCUAGCCACGCCGACGACGACCUCUGCCACGCGGCAGACAAGGUCGUCAAAUGGAUGUGGUCCACCAUCGCUCCCUUCAUCAUCAUCAUCGGGUUGCUAGGCAACCUCCUCGUCAUCAUCGUCUUCGAGCGCCUGCACUUCCGGAAGUCGAGCACCCUGCUGCACAUGUUCGUGCUGGCCUUCAACGACAGCGUCAUCCUGUGUCUGGGUCCCGUGAGAUACUGGACUAAGGAGGUCUUCCAGUUCGACCUGGCCACCAUCUCCGACUUCGGAUGCAGGCUGAACUUCUUCGUCCUCUACACCUCUCUGGAUUUCUCGGCGUGGAUUUUGGUGUCCGUGUCCGUGGAGAGGGUCGUCAGUGUUCACAAACCACUCCACGCGCGGAUAUGGUUCACCGUGAACCGAGCGCUGAUACGACUGGUGAUCAUAUUUGUGUUGCUGUGUGGCAUCAACAUGCAUUUCUUUUUCACCAACGGACUGGUCUCAAGUUUCAAUUCCACCUCUUCCGACAACAACACCGGAAUCAACACAACAACAACAGCAACAACAGACGAUUCACAGAGGUGUGAUUCUCUACCAGAGUUCUCCGUGUUCAAUAAUUACUACUUCGUGUGGAUCGACCUCUUCUUCGAUUCCCUUUUUCCGUUUGUAUUGAUGGCCUUGUCAAACUGCUUUAUCGUUAAAUCUUUACGCGAAUCAAAAAGAAACCGCCCUCGGACGACGACUAGACGAGCCCUGCAGCAGCACAUCGGUCGGGGUCACAGGGUCGAGGAGACAUCCAUGUCUCAGGAUGGGUUCGAGUCGGAGGAUCAAGCGGUGCCUCAGCCCAACGGACACGCAGUCGGUGAAGUGUACGAGUCCGGGGCUUAUGAACAGUCCAGGUCCUCGGAUGGCGACGACGCUUUUGAAAACGAGAGAGAGGCAGUGACCUCUGACGUCAGAGGCUCGGAGGGCGUGAGUAGUAGUGGUCAUUCUGCAGCACCGGAACAAACUCUGGAGGAUGCUCUGUCAAGAGGAGGUAAUCACAUCCGCAUGGAGGCCGACGUCCAUGCGAGAAACGACAUGGUUCUUGACAGGGGAGGCGACUUGCAUACAGGAAGGCCGACAACCAAUGUCAGACUGACUAGGCAGCAUGAGCCACUCGCGAAGCCCGUGCCAGUCAUCUCGUGGGGCGUGACCCGGAUGCUGGUGUUGGUCACGACAAUAUUUUUGGUGACGACGCUGCCAAACUCUAUUUACUACAUCAUCGACACUUUCCUGUACGACUACAGCGCCACCUGCUCCCGCACCAACGCCAUCAUGAACAUGGUGAAGGUGGUGACCAACCUCCUGCAGUACAGCAACUACGGCAUCAACUUCUGGCUGUACUCGUCGCGCAGCAACCGCUUCCGCAUGGAAGUCAAGUACAUGCUAGGAAUGGUGGGCAGCAGGUUCCGACGUCACUUCAAGUCCUCAAUACUCAGCGGCACGGCCAGCGCCCCCCACUUCCGGUCUCAACUGAGACAGGAGGCCAGCGGGUCGGACCGACAGACCAGCUCGGUCAAGUCUAAGGGCUCAACCAAAGACAGGAUCUUACGAAGAAACAAUUUAAAAAACUCUCGGAACAAAGACACCACGUCUCCGUUAGCGAGGGAAGACCAGCUCUACGCCCGGCGACCGUCUGCUGGCAAGAUUUAUUAUAAUGAUGUGGGGUCAGAGGUCUUCUGACCAGAGGUCACACGCAACUCCUGCUUCGAGCAGCAGCCACGACAAAAGUGGGUCUGGACAAGAGAUUUUAGAACUGAGGACACGGACAAAUGGUUCUAGGAGAGGAGCCACCAUUUUGUCAGGACUUCAUGAAUCAGAAUUUCACUCAGACGCCAUCUACGCCGAAAUAAACGAGGCCGAGGUUGUGUCCUUUGCUGAAACUCCUGGAACAAAUGACAUCGUUAACCCUCAAGUAAAUCCUCCCGACCUCCUAGCUACACAACAUGGAGAGCAUCAUCCAAGGUUCACAAACUCCAGGCGAGAAAGAAGUGAUUUCCCUCCCUUGGCAGGAGGUGAGGUCCGAAGACAGCAGCACAUAUCCUUUAAACUCGUGUCCCCUGAAGACGUGGAACAUGGUGGCCAGCCUGCCCACAGACAGGCCGACAUCUUGUCCCAAGACUUGCCGGAAAUCGUUUGUCCAAACUGUGAAAAACGACCGCAGUCUGAACACCAUUCUUUGCCCGAUGAACCGGAAGGUGAAGACAGUGCCUCGGAGCUGAUGGCGCAAGGACCUCGUGAAGUGACCUGCUGGAGACUUUGACCCUCCUACAACAUGUUUCUCUCUGAAGGACCGUCUGGACCCGAUGGACAAUGCUGACUGUGGCUAAUAUUUAUAUGGCGGUCAGUGGAAAAUGGCCGACAUGAGUCAGAUAUUCAGAAUAUCUGGUUACGAAAACUAAAAUCUUUCUGGCUUUUGUUGAAAUGAUGUCGAUGGUUUAUAUUCUUGUUUUUCAAGAAAGAACUUUACUGUGAGAUUUUCAGCUCAAUAUUUGGAGUAAUAAUAGCAGACACUCAAACUUUUAUCAGCUUACAUAUAUAUUCUUGAUUUACGAAUGUUCGCAAUAGCAUUGGCUCUCAUAUUUCAAAUGAAGUCAAGUACAAGUGUCACAAUUGUCAACAUGUCAACUGAAGUAGAUUUUCACUUCCUUGUCAGACCUCGGUGUCUGAGGCUUUGCUUGUCUAAAUUAUUGCAGUGAUCGUCCAGUAUUAUCAUUGUUAUCAGAGUAUUACUUUUUCUAAGAUGAAAUGACUGAUAGUAUUUGCUGUGUCACACUGUUAGCAGGAGGAGAUAAUGUUGGAAGAAUGUUGUAAAGGGCAUUAUUUGAUGUAAGUCAUACAUUUGUGACAACAAAUAUUGCCAGACAACCUGGUCAACCAGCUGAGGACAGAGCUCAUAACACACUGAACACAUGUUUGUUUUGUUUACAGUGUUACUUUUAUAACCUCCGCAUCUGUCGUGCUUUGAGCAGCGAUGUUGUCUUGUCUGUUUGUAUGUUUUUAGAGAAUGUUCAGUAGAAGUGAGACUGAGAGCCAGUCAAUCAAACUGACACUGAAAGACUUUCAUUGUACAGAGUGUGCACUAGUCAUUACAGUUAACAAAACUUGGUUAACCUCAGCUCCACCCCUAAAAAUGUUCCCUCAAAGCAUUGUUUCGUUCGAGCUGCUGGUAUCUCAACAAACUGCUCAAACUAUUCGCUAUCUCUUUCUUUGAAACAAGGUGUAGGGAAGGGAAAUAAUUAAUGUUCCUGGAUCCGUCACCAAAACGUGUCCUCGGUCAUCGCCUUAGUCCUUUCUUUCCUUCUAUUAAAAAAUUGUAAUCUCGUUGACUAUGUAAGAGUAUCUUGAGACCCCUGCGAGGACAAAAAUUGCUGUCCCCGAAAAGAUUACAUGAAGAGUGGAGUGCAGCACUCGGGGUUAGUUGGCCAUCCUCGAUCAUCAGACACCAGAGCACUUGGCGUGUGGUCUGUCCUCCAGUUUAUCACAAGAACCGAGAUAGGACUGAAGCUCUAGAGAUGUGUCACCUGCAGCCGGAAGUCCUUCAGUAGCUGCGCACAGACCCACGGAGCAUCCUCUCGUCUACUGUCAACUGGUGUGGAGACCUGCCUGCCGAGACAGAGAGUCUGUGAUAGUCACUUGAUGGUCGUCAGCAGGGCAAAGGUCACGGACUGCCUACAGGCCCCUCCCCUCAACUCCUGACAAAAAAGUGCACGUGAAUUCAUAUGACAUCCACAUUCAUCACGAAGAAAAACGAAGCAAUUGUUGGGACAGACCACAGGAAAUGACAGGAAUUGUUUAAAUAUCUACAAAGUGCAACAAACUUGUUUAAAUAUCUACAAAUUGUAUUUUUCCAGUGGCUCAGUUUAGUUUAGAACAAGCGAUGAUUUGUGUGAAUGAAGUCAUUGCCUUCCUGAACUCUGCAAACAAACUCAAAAUGGUUAAAACCACAAACAUGAAUGUAUUUGCAAUUCUUGUAUUGUCGUGACUAUAGCCAAUGGAAUAACUGAGGACCUUUUGUUAUUCAGACCUAUCAUAACUUUGGUCUCAGUCUAAACAGGGUUAGUUUGUGUGCUUGUAUUUUUCCCACUGGAAUUUUUUCACUAACAUUUUGUGAUAUCCUAUCUUGAACUGAGCUCAACUCAAUCAGGCGGAAAAAUUGGUCACUCUGGACCAUCCUGAGAAAUAUUGUUCACAGGUGAGAAACUAUACAAACUCAUAGAUAUCCCUCCGUGAUUCAAACCUCUGUGAUUUGUCAUUCUGCGGAGAUGUAGUCACUAUAUAGUCACUAAAAUACUGAAUGAAUAGUUAAAAACAAGAAGCUCAGGUUCAAAUGUAUGCCAAAGACAUAACGAUCAGUGUACAAAGCAUGGUGUAGGUGUAAAGAUGAAACUCGUGUCUGUGGCAAACUCAGAGUGUAUUGUAGAAGUUAUGUAGAGGAUGACAUGGAGCUUGUAUGUAUGUAUCAGUAAAUCAGAGUGUAUUGCAGCAGUUGACAUGUAGAGGAGAUGGAACCUGAAUGCAGGACACUGUAACUACGAAUAUAAUGUAUAAAUAAUAAAGAAAAGAGAUGGCACUUGGAUGUAUACCCCGGGUAUGGAGGAAUAAUCAGGAUGUAAGAAGUAUAGUACACUGUACUAGUGUUAGAGAUGAAAUUUGGAUGAAUACUGAAACUUGGUUUCUAAGAAUUCGAUGGACGAACUUCCGUUUUCUUGGUAGCCAGUAAUUCCAUACAAACGUAGUAAAAUAAUCAGUGGACCAUAUAUCAAUCUCUCUUACAAUGUCGGUUGUAAACUUCUUUAUCUUUAUCUGACCCUCCUUGAAGUCUACCGGUGCACAGAUAAGGGGACAGGGGCUGACAGUCAUUGCCCUAGUGGUAACAUUGUAUGUAGUGUCUGCAAGGUCUAACAAACCAUGUGUUGUGUCCAUGUUGUCUCAACAUGUUUACACGACAUCUCUCAUUGGUGGUGUCACAUGAAGCUAGUCAGCAAGUGGUGAUGUUCCCUGUCACAAAGAAAUCCUGAGGACCUCUCUUCAUACUGCUUAAACUUUAGUUGACAGUAAGAUUUACAGCAAUGGAGAUGAAAAAGUAUAAUUCGUGAAUACAAAAGACCGUGUAGGUGGCUAAAAAAUAAAGUGAUGAUCAAGGUUACGAAGAUGAGAGUGGUCCACUGUCUCUACUGUGUUACAUCAGGUGGAAUAAAGAGAACCAUAAAGUAGAAAAAGCGACCUGACAAUGGUCCACCUUGUGUGGAGUGUGGCAUGAUGAAUACUUCACACCUCGUAAUAAUAAUAUUCCUGUGGUGGAAUAUGAACACUUCAAAGAAAUUAAAUUUUUUUUGGAAAGGACAAGAAUGAUAAAAAAAAGCCCGUUGAUAUUACUUUAUCAAUAUCAGUGCACCCUACCUCAGUGGUUGAAUGGCUAACGCCUAGCAGUCUAGUAACAUGUUUGUAAACAACAUUUUAGCUGUCUGUUGGUGUUAGCCACCCAGCUCUGCGAGAGGUGAAGGUGCCCCCGGUGUCUGGCGAUGUAGGUGUGUGAGUAUGUGUGUCUAUAUUAUUAUUAUGUAUAAGUGCGGUGUUGCUGACACCCAGAUGACCCAGUCCAUGUAUUUGGUGUUUUACUGAAUGUCCAGGGGGAGGACGAGACACAGAUUCUGUCAGUGGGAGGAACAUCACGCAGUCGGAGGCAAGGAGGUUGUUGUAGUAAAGGUAUAAAUUAUUUCCCCUGCCGUCCUUUGUUGAUGUAACAACAGCUUGGCAGUGUUCAGUCCAUGUUCACUGUCUGGAGACCAGUUGUUGUCAGUGGACUGAAAUCAUAGGAUCUUUUUCGCUGUCGUCCUCGUCCUCUGUCUGAAGGACUCUGUGCCUGCGAGUGAGUGUUCAUGUGUGUCUGUGUGCAUCUUGUGUACAUAUAAGUCUCUCUCUGUGUGUGUGUGUGUGUGUGUGUGUGUGUGUGUGUGUGUGUGUGUGUGUGUGUGUGUGUGUAGUGUGUGUGUAGUGUGUGUGUGUGUCCGCAUGGUGUACUCAAGUAUUUGCAAGUCUAUACAACCUUGCCUGUGUUUUAACAUCUUGCUGAGUUUGACUUUUCCCUCAUAUUUUGUACCACUGCUAUUGAAACUUUUAUAAAUCAAACCUGCGUACAGUAUCCGUUUCUUAAGGUGGAAAUAAAAUAAUUUUCAUUAAAAUUGUUCAAAACAA